AUGGCCGAACAGAGCAGCUCAAUCAUCAUGGCCAAAGAAGCAGAGAAGCAUAUUAAAGCUCUCCAGACUAAACAAGCUUCUCUGCAGUCAGAAAAUGCAGAGUUAGAAAGUGAGAAUCAAAAGCUUCACCAGAAACUUAAAGUAAUGACUGAACUAUAUCAAGAAAAUGAAAUGAAACUCCACAGGAAACUAACAGUAGAGGAAAAUUACCGGCUUGAUAAAGAGGAGAAACUUUCCAAAACAGAUGAAAAAAUCAACUGUGCAGCUGAGGAGCUGAAGACAUAUAGAAAGCGAGCUAAAGAUCUUGAAGAAGAACUGGAGAGAACCAUUCAGUCUUACCAAGGGCAGAUCAUUUCCCAUGAGAAAAAAGCACAUGAUAAUUGGUUGGCAGCUCGUACUGCUGAAAGAACCCUCACUGAUUUAAGGAAAGAAAAUGCUUACCACAGACAAAAAUUAACCGAAACAGAGUUUAAAUUUGAACUUUUAGAAAAAGAUCCUUACGCACUUGAUGUUCCAAAUACAGCAUUUGGCAGAGAGCAUUCCCCAUAUGGUCCCUCACCAUUUGGUCGACCUUCGUCUGAAACGAGAGCUUUUCUCUCUCCUCCAACUUUGUUGGAGGGUCCACUCAGACUCUCACCUUUGCUUCCAGGGGGAGGAGGAAGAGGCUCAAGAGGCCCAGAGAAUCCUCUGGACCACCACAUUAGUAAUGAAAGAGGAGAUUCAAGCAACGAGAAGUUAACUGAUGUUCACAGAGAACCUUCUGACACUGGGUCCCUGUCACCAACUUGGGAACAGGACCGCAGGAUGAUGUUCCCUCCAUCAGGCCAGCCAUAUCCUGAUCCAGUUGUUCCUCUCCAAAGGCAAGAUAGAUUUUAUUCUAAUUCUGGCAGACUGUCCGGACCAGCAGAGCUUCAGAGCUUUAAUAUGCCUUCUUUGGACAAAGUGGAUGGUCCAGUGUCUUCAGAAAUGGAAUCCGGUAGAAAUGAUACCAGAGAUGAUCUUGGUAAUUCAAAUGUGCCUGACUCUACUCUCCCUGCUGAAAGUGAAGCAGCUGGCUCUGGCUUCGUUCCUCCACCACCUCCUCCUGUCAGAGGCCCAUUGUUUCCCAUGGAUCCGAGGAGCCAUUUUAUAAGAAGGGGGCCUCCUUUUCCUCCACCUCCUCUAGCAAGCAUGUAUGGAGCCCCUCGAGAUUAUUUUCUGCCAAGGGAUUUCCCUGGCCCACCACAUCCUUCAUUCCCAAUGAGAACAGUCUACUCACCGACUGCUGUUCCUCAAUAUCCUCCCCCAAGAGCUGGAUACUUCCCCCCACCCCUACACUCUGAAAGUAGAAGUGAGUUCCCUUCAGGGUUGAUUCCUCCUUCAAAAGAAACUGCUGUUGAACCUUCAGAACCACAAGAAGUCUGAUGAUAUUUUUGAGCAUUCUGCAAAAGUAAUUUUGAGUUAUCUCUCAUUUUCAGUUUAAGUAACUGCUGUUACUUAAGUGAUGAUACUUUUGCUCAAAUUGAAGCUUAAUGGAAUCAUAAUUCUCAGGAUAGUAUUUUGUAAAUAA